UCCCGCAGCCGUCGCACGUGAGACCCGAAGCCGCCGGCGCAAGGAGCUCACGCACCUCGGAGGGCCCCACGCAAGUCUCGUUCGUACCCCGUGGGCGGCGGGGGAAGAAGAAGCUGGAAGGAUAAAAGAUUGUUGGGACAACCAGGAAGCACCCGCACUCUCCACGUGUAGCAAUGCCAAUAUCUUUCGAAGGAUAAAUGCCAUAUUGGAUAAUUCUCUGGAUUUCAGUAGAGUCUGCACUACACCCAUAAACCGAGGAAUUCAUGAUCAUUUGCCAGACUUCCAGGACUCAGAAGAAACAGUUACGAGCAGGAUGCUUUUCCCCACCUCUGCGCAAGAUUCUUCCCGGGGCCUCCCAGAUGCAAAUGACUUGUGCCUUGGCCUGCAGUCCCUCAGUCUCACAGGCUGGGACCGACCCUGGAGCACCCAGGACUCCGAUUCCUCAGCCCAGAGCAGCACACACUCGGUACUGAGCAUGCUCCAUAACCCACUGGGCAAUGUCCUGGGGAAACCCCCCUUGAGCUUCCUGCCUCUAGACCCCCUUGGAUCUGACUUGGUGGACAAGUUUCCAGCACCCUCAGUUAGAGGAUCCCGCCUAGACACCCGGCCCAUCUUGGACUCACGUUCUAGCAGCCCCUCUGACUCAGACACCAGUGGCUUCAGUUCUGGAUCGGAUCAUCUCUCAGAUUUGAUUUCAAGCCUUCGCAUUUCCCCUCCUCUGCCCUUCCUGUCCCUGACAGGGGGUGGUGCCAGAGACCCUUUAAAGAUGGGGGUUGGGUCCCGGAUGGACCAAGAGCAAGCUGCUCUCGCUGCAGUCAGCCCCUCCCCAACCAGUGCAUCAAAGAGAUGGCCUGGAGCUUCUGUGUGGCCAUCCUGGGACCUCCUCGAAGCUCCCAAAGACCCCUUCAGCAUAGAGAGAGAGGCCAGGCUGCACCGGCAAGCUGCAGCUGUGAAUGAAGCAACCUGUACCUGGAGCGGCCAGCUUCCUCCCCGGAACUAUAAGAACCCCAUCUACUCCUGCAAAGUGUUCCUAGGAGGUGUUCCUUGGGAUAUUACGGAAGCUGGAUUGAUUAACACCUUCCGUGUGUUUGGCUCUUUGAGUGUGGAGUGGCCUGGUAAGGAUGGCAAGCACCCCCGGUGUCCUCCCAAAGGUAAUAUGCCUAAAGGGUAUGUGUAUCUGGUCUUCGAACUAGAGAAGUCUGUCCGGGCCUUGCUUCAGGCUUGCUCUCAUGACCCGCUGAGCCCAGAUGGCCUAAGUGAAUAUUACUUCAAGAUGUCCAGCCGAAGGAUGCGCUGCAAGGAGGUGCAGGUGAUCCCCUGGGUCUUGGCUGACAGCAACUUUGUCCGGAGCCCAUCUCAGAGACUUGACCCCAGCAGGACGGUGUUUGUUGGUGCCCUGCACGGGAUGCUCAACGCCGAGGCCCUGGCAGCCAUCUUGAACGACCUAUUUGGUGGAGUGGUGUAUGCUGGGAUUGACACAGAUAAGCACAAGUAUCCCAUUGGAUCUGGUCGUGUGACUUUCAAUAACCAACGCAGUUACCUGAAAGCAGUCAGCGCUGCUUUUGUGGAGAUCAAAACCACGAAGUUCACCAAGAAGGUUCAGAUUGACCCCUACCUAGAAGAUUCUCUGUGUCAUAUCUGCAGUUCUCAGCCUGGUCCUUUCUUCUGUCGAGAUCAGGUGUGCUUCAAGUACUUCUGCCGAAGCUGCUGGCAUUGGCGGCACAGCAUGGAGGGCCUCCGCCACCACAGCCCCCUGAUGCGGAACCAGAAGAACCGAGAUGCCAGCUAGAGGAGCCGGCCGUGCCUGGUGGCCUGUGGCGCCCAAGGCCGGCGGGUCAGGCAGCGGCCUGCACCAUCCUGCCCCUGGCGACCAGGGAGCUGGCUUCCCAAGGACAAGGGAAAACCGUAGUCACCUUUGCACUUGCUGAAUCUGUCUUUGUUUCUGCACUAAUUAAUGCACAAUGAGUUUUGUCGGGUUUUGUUUUCAGGGGGUGCGCCAGGGCAAGGGCCCUCCGGCUCACCCUCCAAGCGACUCUGUAGUUUUCCCAGAUUUUAGUUCCUCAUUUUGCCGAUGAAAAGCAAAAAAAAAAAAAAAAAAAAAAAAAGAAAAAGGAAAAAAAAAAGAACUACGUGUCGGGAAGGUAUUGACACGAUGCCUACAUCUAGGUUUAUUUAUUAAAAGCGCUUUUUUACAUUCCUUGCAAUACUGAUGGUGAUGGUGUGCAGGUCUCGUUGGGUUUGUUCUUGCAGUUGCCAUACAGUG